AUGAUGUUGGCUCGGCUUGCGAAGCAACGAUCCAUUUACAUCGUUCUGGGCAGCGUGGAGGAGCGGUGUGAGGCGCCCGAGGAGCGGGUCUACGACACUUGCGUGACUUUUGAUCCCUCGGGAGACUUUCGACAGCACCGAAAGGGCAGCGGAGCUUUCGCGAGCUUCGAGAUGGACGGCGUGGGAGUCGUAGGGCUCCUGAUCGGAAGCGAGGUCGAGGACCCCCAGAAGUGGUCGCAGCUGCUGGCUCUCUCCCCUUCGCUACUGCUAAAUCCCUGCUCGGCCCCCUUGCAGCUGGACCAGGCCCUGGCCAAGGCGCACCCGGAGUUGCAAGUGGCGGCCUGGCAUCAAGGCUUCAGGUGGAUCGAGUCGUUGGUGGCGGCACGGCUUCGGGGCGUCGGAAGGCAGCCUGUGGCCUUCGUCCGGGUAGAUGCGCCUCUGCGUCAAGGUGGUGCCGGGCAAUCGCUGCUGGUGGAAUCGCACCGAUCUAUCCUUUGCCCAAGCUGGGAUCCGUGCACCUUCGUUCUGGAGCCAACCCUCACUGUCGAGGAGUUUGCUUCUCGGAAGUUGCCCAAGUGGCGGGAGCUGACUACAGAGGAGAUUCUUUCGACCAAGGACCGGGAACUCCUAAAGCUGGACCGCGUGGAGACGGGGCCCCGCUACCACGUUUGGACGUUUACGAAGAAUGCGGCCUUGUCGGCGUCUGCAAGCGACUGGACGGGUCUCUGGGAUCCGGCCGAGGAAGAGGUGCCUCCAGACCAUCUUACGGAGGCAGAAAAGGGGUGCAUGCAGCGCAACGCCUCGGCACUCCUGCUUCCACUCCGGAGUCCGGACAGACCACUCUAUGUGAUCGCCGAGAGAGGUGGCCUCAUCACUCUUUGGGACCUUCGCCAUCGCUGUGCCUGGCAGAGCUUCCGCGUGAGUGCGGAGGCAUCACCUCUUAGGCGACGUUCCUUGGUUUCCGGGCGGGGAGUCGAGGCCUCCCUCGGGCUGCAGGUUGCAGCUCUGGGGCCAGGCGGGCCAGGCGGGCCAGGGGCUGCAGGAAGCCACUUCGCAGUGGCAGGGAGCCUUCCAAGCGGAGCGCUCCUUUUUCAGCUCUUCGAAGUUCGAAGUGUCGGUCCUGAGCGUGUGCAGCAGCUGCAGCAGCUGCAGCUCUCUCCGGUAGAGCUGCCGUGGCAUCAGUGGCGGUCGAGUGUCGGCGCGUCCCUCGAUCCCUUGGUGGAAGUCCGCUUCGUUUGUGCUGGCCCCCAGGGCCCGCAGGGCUCGACGACGCUUGUGGCCAUUGCUGCGGCGGAAGGCCGACCCGAAGUCGCGCUGCUGCUGGACUUGGAAGGCUGCUCCGUGAAGGUGAUUGAUGUGUACCGCGGUGGGCCGCCGCCAAGGUCCAACUGGACGGACGAGGCGUUCUUUCCCAGGCUUGGGCCGGCCCCGGCCCCGCCGCUCAGGGAGGCCCAGGAGGCUGAGACAGCAGAGAUGGACAGGCUGGUGAUGGUCACGAGCUUCGAGGGUCAGAGCUUCCAAGAGGACCGUUUCAACGACCGGAGUUCGGGAUUGCUGUGUUUGUGGAAGAGCAACCGGCUAUGCAUUUUGAGCUUCUCUGACUGGAGGGUCUAUGAUCAGAUGCUAUUGGGUGACUCCGCAUCAAGGCAGACUCGCAUGGACAGACCCCUCUGCGCUGCCCUCCUCCCCACUGGUGAUGCUAGCAGCGGAGGCUGUGGUCUGGUCGUCUCCUAUGCCUCCAUGAUCAUACGAUGGUGGCAGGUAUCUCUACAUACCAAAAUCCAGCAGGCUUGCCUGGUGCUUCAUUAUCCUGUGACUCAUUUGGCCGCAUCGAGCUGUGAGAAGAGUCCGUUACAGAAACAUGAGGCCAGGGAUACCAGGGCCAGGGCGAGAGAAACGGCGAGUCACACGGUCACGGGGCGGAGCUCCUCCAAAGCACGCGAGAGCCGCAGCAGCCGUGGCAGCAGCCGUGGCAGCAGCCGUGGGCGCUGCGGCUCAAGUCCCGCCUUGGAGGCCCACAGCGGAGCCGUCGCUCUGGCCGAGUUUUCGGAGCUCGGUUUGAGGGAGAGCAGUGGCCGCAUCCUCGUAGCAGCCAUGGACGAGACCCGAGCUGUGAGCCUCUUUCUUGGCCACGGUGCAAGCAUCGAACGUGUGUACCGCGUGGAUGCAACCUGGGGUACCUCCGUCGUGGAUGGGAUCUGGAUCAUGGACACACACUUCGCACUUCUGCUGAGGAGCGGCGAGGUCCGGCACAUCGAGUUCGACUUCAACGGAGAGCUAAUGGCCAUUGGAGAGAUCUUCGCUUGA